GAGCGGCCGUGGGGGCUUGUGUGUGAGGCGGGGACCGACGCCCCUCCCCCUCCCCCAGUUCCCUGCACCGACCCUCACCCCGAAGCCAAUAUUCCCGAAAUUAAGAGAUACGCUGCGGCGGCGGCUGGAGCUGCGGGGCCCGGGGCGGCCGGGGCCGGGGGGGACCGCAGCGAGGCCGCCGCCAUGGAGGCCCUGGGACCAGGGCCACCAGCCAGCCUUUUCCAGCCGCCCCGUCGCCCUGGCCUGGGGACAGUUGGGAAACCAAUCCGUCUCUUAGCCAAUCAUUUCCAGGUGCAGAUCCCUAAAAUUGAUGUUUAUCAUUAUGAUGUGGAUAUCAAACCAGAAAAACGUCCCCGAAGGGUGAACAGGGAGGUGGUGGAUACCAUGGUGAGACACUUCAAGAUGCAGAUAUUUGGGGAUCGGCAGCCUGGAUAUGAUGGUAAAAGGAACAUGUACACUGCACAUCCUCUGCCCAUUGGCAGGGAUAGGGUGGACAUGGAGGUCACUCUUCCUGGUGAAGGGAAAGACCAAACCUUUAAAGUGUCAAUUCAAUGGGUGUCUGUGGUGAGUCUUCAGCUGCUCCUGGAAGCUCUGGCAGGGCAUCUGAAUGAAGUCCCUGAAGAUUCUGUACAAGCACUUGAUGUCAUUACCCGGCACCUUCCCUCUAUGAGGUACACUCCAGUGGGCCGUUCCUUUUUCUCUCCCCCAGAAGGUUAUUACCAUCCUUUGGGAGGUGGCCGGGAGGUCUGGUUUGGAUUCCACCAAUCUGUCAGACCUGCUAUGUGGAACAUGAUGCUCAACAUAGAUGUAUCAGCAACUGCUUUCUACCGUGCCCAGCCUAUUAUUGAAUUCAUGUGUGAGGUCUUAGACAUUCAGAACAUCAAUGAACAAACAAAGCCCCUUACAGAUUCCCAGCGUGUUAAGUUUACCAAAGAAAUCAGAGGCCUAAAAGUAGAGGUUACUCACUGCGGUCAGAUGAAGAGAAAAUAUAGAGUUUGCAAUGUUACUAGGCGACCAGCCAGCCACCAAACGUUCCCUUUGCAGUUGGAAAAUGGACAGGCUAUGGAAUGUACAGUAGCUCAGUAUUUUAAGCAGAAGUACAGUCUGCAGUUGAAAUAUCCUCAUCUUCCAUGCCUCCAAGUAGGACAGGAGCAGAAACAUACAUAUUUACCCCUUGAGGUGUGUAAUAUAGUGGCAGGCCAGCGUUGUAUCAAGAAACUAACAGACAAUCAGACAUCGACUAUGAUCAAGGCAACAGCACGCUCUGCACCUGAUAGGCAGGAAGAAAUUAGUAGACUAGUGAAGAGUAAUAGCAUGGUAGGUGGACCUGAUCCAUAUCUGAAAGAGUUUGGCAUUGUCGUCCAUAAUGAAAUGACAGAGCUGACGGGCAGGGUGCUGCCUGCACCGAUGUUACAGUAUGGAGGCCGGAACAAAACUGUUGCUACACCAAAUCAAGGUGUUUGGGAUAUGAGAGGAAAACAGUUCUAUGCUGGCAUUGAGAUCAAAGUCUGGGCUGUUGCUUGCUUUGCUCCUCAGAAGCAAUGCAGGGAAGACUUGUUAAAGAGUUUUACUGACCAGCUGCGGAAGAUCUCCAAGGAUGCAGGAAUGCCAAUCCAAGGACAGCCUUGCUUCUGUAAAUAUGCACAGGGUGCAGACAGUGUGGAGCCCAUGUUUAAACACUUAAAGUUAACUUAUGUUGGCUUGCAGCUAAUAGUUGUGAUCCUCCCAGGAAAGACGCCAGUUUAUGCUGAGGUCAAGCGUGUUGGGGAUACUCUUCUAGGCAUGGCCACCCAGUGUGUUCAGGUGAAGAAUGUUGUCAAAACCUCUCCACAGACUCUGUCGAACCUCUGUCUGAAGAUUAAUGCAAAGCUCGGAGGAAUAAACAAUGUUCUUGUACCACAUCAAAGGCCCUCAGUGUUCCAGCAGCCAGUGAUCUUCCUGGGAGCAGAUGUCACUCACCCACCUGCUGGGGAUGGGAAGAAGCCUUCCAUAGCCGCUGUAGUAGGCAGCAUGGACGGCCACCCCAGUCGCUACUGUGCUACAGUGCGGGUUCAGACCUCCCGCCAGGAAACUUCCCAGGAGCUUUUAUACAGUCAGGAAGUGAUCCAGGACCUGACCAACAUGGUGCGAGAACUGCUGAUCCAGUUCUAUAAAUCCACCCGUUUCAAGCCCACAAGGAUUAUCUACUACAGGGGAGGCGUGUCAGAAGGGCAGAUGAAGCAGGUAGCUUGGCCAGAACUCAUAGCAAUCCGGAAGGCCUGCAUCAGUUUGGAGGAAGACUAUAGGCCAGGAAUUACUUACAUUGUUGUGCAGAAAAGGCACCACACAAGACUUUUCUGUGCUGACAAAACUGAAAGGGUUGGAAAAAGUGGCAAUGUUCCAGCAGGCACUACUGUGGACAGCACCAUCACGCACCCCUCUGAAUUCGAUUUUUACCUCUGUAGCCAUGCAGGGAUUCAGGGAACCAGCCGCCCUUCUCACUAUCAAGUCUUGUGGGAUGACAACUGCUUCACUGCUGACGAAUUGCAGCUGCUGACAUACCAGCUGUGUCACACUUACGUCCGGUGCACACGGUCUGUCUCAAUCCCUGCUCCGGCGUACUAUGCCAGGCUGGUAGCCUUUAGGGCAAGGUACCAUCUUGUGGACAAAGACCACGACAGUGCUGAAGGCAGCCAUGUGUCGGGACAGAGCAACGGCCGAGAUCCUCAAGCGCUAGCCAAGGCAGUGCAGAUCCAUCACGACACCCAGCACACAAUGUAUUUUGCCUGAUGUGUACCCAAGGAGCUGAGGCAAGAGUGGCAGCCUGGAUGGGCACUCCAACUACUACUGAUGGUCAGGGCUCAGUUUUGUUUUGGGCUGUAUCCACCAGCAGCUCUUCGGAGGGUUGUACUGAAACAGCAUUUGCAGCAACGUCUGAUGCAGAUACACAAUUGAGCCAUUUUUACUUUAUGGUUUUCAGUAAAUUGAAAUUUCAUAAGGACAGUCUUUGCAUCGGACUGAAUUUUUACCUCAAAGCGCGAAAGGCUGAUUAUCCUUAAAAACAAGUUUUUAAAUGGACUUGGCACGAAAGGUUUUUAUUGAAAUAUUUUGCUAAUCAGUUUUUGAGUUACCUCUUCAUCGUCCCCCAUUAAGCUGAUCAAGAAAGCUGAAUUCCUCCUGAGCCGCUUUCCCCACUGUUUAGCGAGUCUCCAGAAUGGCAAACCAUCUUAUUCCACUGUUCUGCUAUGUGGGGGGGCCAUACAUAUAUAAAUAUAGAUAGAUAGACUUUAUAAAUUGAACUUUUACUGUAAAACGCCUUUCAACAAACAUUAAUUUUCAGAGGUAUUGCUGUUUUUCUUUUCUUUGUCCAGUUUUCCUAGUCCUCUUUGUAAAUCUCUUGGCAGUCAUGGGCUGCAAAAGCAAUUGCACUAUUACUGCGAAUUCAUCUUGGUGGUUCUUGUUCUGUGAAUGUGUAGUGUAAGCAGACGGCAGUGCCGUUCAACAGAUCUAAACAAAACAUGCAGCUGCUGCCGUGCGCUUCGCAAUGCUGAACUGCUUCCCCCUCUUAAAAAGUAAGUGACAAAGUUCUAAAAGAUUAGUUUUAGGUAUUUUUUCAGACAUUACAAAAAGUGCCCAUUUUAUGCUGCUGUGUUUGAUGAAUCAGUCAUUUUUAAUACUCUUUUUCAUAGAAGGUUUUAACUUUGGCAAUAAAUAUUUUUUUUAAGUACCCUGGCAGUAACUUUUCUAGCUGAACUUUACAUGAGUUACAGCCAACUGAUCUCAUGUAGGGUUGACUCUUAACUGUCCUACGGAGAAAAUUUGACAGUUCUUAAAAGUGGAUCAGAAGAGGCUCCCUUCAUGCUUUUUACAAAUGAUUAUUUUUAACUGUUUUAUAUUCACCAUUGGUCUGUCUGCCCCCCCCUUUUUUAUAUAAGCUUGGAAAGUGGGUGUUCCGCAUAGGAAAGGCUUUGCCAAUAUGUAUAGCUGUGUAUAGUGUGACAGUUGCAAUCUGAAGAUUUUUACCAGCAUUUUAAAACUUUGUUCCUCUGAUGAUUUAGGUUGCCCGCAUGUACAGUAACAUUCAAUAGCAUGUGUGAAGUGUAAAUUUAAUAUUGAUCCUGACCUGUUUCUAUAAAUUAGGACUCUUAUUUGCUUGAGUCCUUCCCACUAAAAUACAUAAUUCAAAAGCGGGAGUGAGCUGCAGAUGGGGUAGUGUUACAUUGAAACUAGCUUGUAAGUGUUAGCGCAAGAUGCUUUAAGUCCCUAAUUUUUAACCUACAUGAUGUGACACCACUGUGAACAUUGGGAAUUUUGCCAAUAAUUGCACUCUGAAAGUCUCUGAAAUGGGCAGAUGGUGUUGCAGAGUCCUGACCUUGUGAGGUUUCGUAACCGGCCCUCGAGAGGUCAGCAGGUAUGCUGUUGUGGUUCUGAUUUCCUUCAGUCUUUGACAUAAAGCUUGUAAAUAAAUGAAAGUUUACAUUUCUAAUACUCUCAUUCAGCUGAAGUUAGUCUUCAUAAAGAAGUUUUGCAAGCUCCUUCCAGAAUUGUACGUUGCAGUGGGAGAACGACCAGCGUUUAAAGUUUCCUCUUCCUUCUUGGAUAUGGGAGUGAAACAAGUUCAGCUUGGAUCCCUAAUGCUAGAUAGGUUGAGAAUACUAGGUUUUCUCUCUUUCUCUUUCAAAAGAAUACCUCAGUUGGGUAAUAAUCAGGACAUGGGGAAGGAGAGUAACCACUGCUUCAGUUAGCCUGCUGCUUUUCUUUUCUUUUCUUUCCUUUUCCUUUCCUUUCCUUUUUUUUCUUAAAUACUUGUUCAGGGAGAAGGUGCAAGAAUCGAACUCCUGCUGGCCCUAACAUAUGGAGAACUGAGGCACCUUGAAGUGUAUAAGCACCUGUUUAGUGUGUAGGGUUUUGUUUUAUUGCACUAGGUAAGAGCAUGGCUGAGAGACAAGGGAAGGCAUGCAGAAAAGGCAGGCAGGUGUCACCGCACCAGGCAUCUCUUGCACAGGCAGGGCAGAGAGAGGUCCUUUAUUAGCCCGCCUGCAAGGUGGCCAGCUCUUUGAACCUCAAACUGUGCAGACAGAGGAACCUCAACUAGGUUCUGGCUAACCUGACAUGAAAGAAGAGAACAAGGCCAGGGCUAGCGGAAAUGGUCUUCUCAUCCUCUGUCAUAGGGGGGAAAUAAGCUUUCUUGUGCAUUAGAGACCACAGCUAUUGUUGAGUCUUCUGUAUUUUUAUUUUUUGCUUUCUCACAAUGAAUUUUAUCAUCCAAAAAAAAAAGUCUAUGGAGAAACUUUUUGCCAACUUUUGCACUUUCUUGGAGUUUUUCAUGAAUUAUUUUCCUUUAUGCUUUAUUUUCCUCCCCUCUAAUGGAAAUGUUUUUGUGCAAAAAUGUUCAGCUAUCGCUGAAGAGUGCAGUGAUGUCUUUUGGGUGGGGAUGUUUUAAAGCUAAGGCUUUAUUGGAGGUGGGGGGACGAUAGCAAAAUGUCUUCAGGACUAAUAACUACAAGAUCUGAUUGCGGCAAUAUUUUUUGUGUGGCUGAGGCUGAGACUGCUGAUCAGAGCUAGCUCAGCAUCCCCACCCCAAGGGACAGAAUUGUUAUGCAUGUGUCAAUCAAUGGGAAGACGUGCAUUCUGUAGCUGUAGUUCUUAGGGUGUUUGGAAUUGUGUUUAGGUUUUUCCCCUUUGGUUUAAAGCCUGUUGGCUGUUGUUUAUAUGUUGUGGAAGAUUUUUCAAAUGUAGCAUAUGGGAGUGUGAGGGGGAGGGAAUGGGAAGGGGGCAGUUGGUAUUUAAAAUGCAGCAAAUUCCUGCUUUCUCCCUCCCCAAACCUAUUCUGCUUUUUUGUGAGCAGUCCAAUCCUGAAAGGGUUCUGAGAAGCAUUGGGUUUGUAGCAGUGGGGGGGGGGGGCGGUUAGGUGGGGUUCAGUUUGUUGACUCCUAUGCUGUGAGGGGCUGUGACUUUGCCAGGCACCAAAAGGUGACCUCCAAAGAGGCAUAAUCACUGGGCUGCAGCAGCUCAGUUCCAUGCAGCCCAUAUCGUGUGAUCCAAAAACGUAUCUGCUCCUCUCCUCCUUAUAUCAAAAAAGCCUUUGUCUCUCAGUGGGCACAAGGCUUCCUUUUUUUGUUCUGAUAUCUUCACGCAGCUCCAUCUCCCCAACUCCCCCAACUACCUUCGUGGAUGUGCUGUAGAAUUUUUUUUCCUUCUCUUCUUGCUCAAUAGCAAGGCUGUUGCUCUGCUUUCAUUUUAGGAAAGGAGAGCUUGGAGGGCAUUGUAUCAAUACUGUUUUCAGCUGCAAGGUUUUUUCCCUUGUGCAAUUUGAGGAAAGAACAUAUGUGAAUAUCACAAAAGGGUUUUCUUUAUACCUUGCUGUUAGCAAUUUUGUGAUAUUUCUAUGUCUAGGGCCUGAAACUUGUAUGUAAAACUUGUUUGCAUUUGUUCAUUUUUGACUUCCGAUGUAUUUUUCUUUGAUUCUAUAUUGUUAGACUUGUACUGUUUUAAAUUGUAUUUUAUUAAAAUUGGACUGGAUGUAUGUCUAUAGCAAUACGAGGUACUUUUUUCUUUGAAAAAACAAAACAAAAAUCCCUAUUUGGGAGAGAGGGGUUAGCAGACCCUCGCUGAAAUAAUUUGCUGGCUGUGUAUAACUGCAAUGUAUUUUUUCUUAGCCUGCAGGGAUUUUGUGUUCAUGUGUCCAAAAAAAUGAUAAUAAAGGCAUUUGUGUGCCAAA